AUGGGAGGGUCAUUCGGAUUCGAACUUGAUCCGGACCGGCUCGAAGAACACGAACGACAGCAGAUACCUGCGCUGAUCGAGCUGGCGGAGAAGGUGAAUCCGAUUGUGGUGAGAGGAGAUCUGUACCGACUUCGCCUACCCGGAGCCUCGCAACACCCCGCGGCUCUCGUUAUAUCGCCGGACGGGUCCCAGGCAGUUCUGUUUGCAUAUCAGCUGCUGUCUACUACAAUGCACGAGAAUCCGGUCAUCAAGCUACAGGGACUCGAGCCCAUGGCGAGGUAUCGCUUAGACGGCGACAGAGUUUUCUCCGGAGCAACGCUGAUGAACGGAGGUAUGCAAUUCGCGUUCGACGGCGACUUCGAUAGUAAGAUUAUAUUCCUCGAGCGAGUGUGA